AUGGGACAGUUCCAGGGUCACGUCGACGACGUGGUGUACGUUCUACAGGACAAGCCACACCCAUUCUUUCGCCGGCAGGGGUGCGGUCUACGCUACACGGCCCGGAUCUCGCUGAAACAGACGCCAUGCGGUACCCUCCUGGAAGUGCCAAAGCUCCAGGGCGAGCCGCUGCAUCUCUCCAUCAAGGAUGAGGUGAUCAGCCCGGACUCGACGCACCGCUUCCCGGGCCAGGGACUAACCCAUCAGAUAAACGGCUCAUGCCGCGGCGAUCUCGUCGUCGACUUUUCCAUCGAGUUUCCCGAAACAAUCUGCAACUUGACUCGACUUGACUACUGCCUGACAUUUCCUCCGAGGAGUCAUGAAGGUCCUGCUGCCGCCGGGAAAACAGUUGGAAGUCAGUGUGACAGCGGCAGCGACGGUGACAGCGUGAGGGGCCAUCAAUCAUGGUCCACCAUCGUGGGGCCUGACAUGCGGGUUAAGACCACGUUAAACCGUAGUGGGUUCAAGGCUGACGACGUGACGUGAAGGUCAA